AUGUGGGUAGUUGAAUCAAACUCUCCUACCUGCUUCUCUGCUGCCCUGCCGGCCAGGAGACACUCCCAGGAAUCCAGCAAGUUGGAGUCACCACUGAUGUUCGAAGGUUCAGAAGCACAGCAGGGCAGCGGCAGCGGUGGCUCAGGAGGCAGUCUGGGUGGCUCCAUCACAGCCUGUAAAAAGGUUCUUCGCAGCAAUAGCUUGCUGGAGUCAACAGACUACUGGUUGCAGAAUCAGAGGACACCCUGCCAAAUUGGCUUUGUGGAUGACAAGUCUGAAAACUGUGCUUCUGUCUGUUUUGUGAACCUGGAUGUGAACAAGGAUGAAUGCAGCACAGAGCACCUGCAGCAGAAAUUGGUCAAUGUUUCACCAGAUCUUCCAAAGCUUAUCAACUCUAUGAAUGUCCAACAGCCAAAAGAAAAUGAAAUUGUCCUGCUAAGUGGGUUAGCAUCUGGAAAUCUCCAGGCAGAUUUUGAAGUUUCACAGUGCCCUUGGCUAUCAGAUAUCUGCUUGGUCCAAUGUGCGAGAGGGAACAGACCCAACAGUACCAAUUGCAUCAUCUUUGAAAUCAACAAAUUCUUGAUUGGUCUGGAACUAGUGCAGGAGCGGCAGCUCCACUUGGAGACAAACAUCUUGAAACUGGAGGAUGACACGAACUGUUCCCUGUCCUCCAUUGAGGAAGACUUUCUCACUGCCUCUGAGCACUUGGAGGAGGAGAGCGAGGUGGAAGAAUACAGGAACGGCUAUGAGCAUAUAAAUGUCUCAGCCAAUGUUUUGGAAAGUAAAAAGCCAAGAGAAGCCACCCAGGAAGAAUGGAAUUACAAGGAAAAGCUGCUGCACAAAUUGGGAGACAAACACCUUAGCAAAUAUCAUACCGCAUUGGUCAAAACAGAAGGGUCCCUAGAAAACCGAGCAGACAAUACAGCCUUAUAUGGUCUAGAUCCCUCCACCAAGACACCACAGAGGAAAGGUGAAGUUGGAGGAAAUGAGAGGCCAGCUACAAAUUAUUACCAUACAGAAAAAUUUAAAGUUCAAGUGGAAAAAUCACAGGCACUUUAUUUUCCUAGUGAUGCUUACUCCUCCGUGAUGGUUAAGAAAGAUAUCUCUUCCACAUGUGACAGUGCCACUGAACAGGCCAGAAACCUGCACUCAGGAGAACACGAAGACACAAGAAACUCUCUUCCUCCUCUUCGUGAUGGAGAAGCCACAACUGGCGAGUAUGCAACAAAUUUAGCAGAAUCUGUACUGCAAGAUGCAUUUAUUAGGUUAUCUCAGUCUCAGCCCGUACUCCCCCAGGAAUCUGCAGUCAGUGUUUCUGCAGGAAGUGCUCUGCUUCCCAGUGCUUGUUGCACGAGAGAUAUCAUGGUCCCUCGGUCAUGGAAUGAGCUCCCCAAAAUUGUCAUUGUGCAGAGUCCAGACGGCAGUGAUGCUGCCCCUGAGCCAGUUGUCUCCUUGGUGCCCGAGAUGGAAGUCUCUGCUGACACCUCAGGCAUCCUAUCUGGAGAAAACUGCCGCAGACACCCUCAGAGCGCUCUGGAAGUAGCGCUGGCUUGUGCAGCCACUGUGAUCGGAACCAUUUCCAGUCCCCAGGCCACAGAAAAAUUCACCAUGGAACAAGAAUCCCUGGUAUCAAACUGUCCACAGGGAGGCAGUGGAGCAGCACAAAUUCAAGCUUCCCAGGCAGUCAGGGAGCCUUCCCUCAGCGCAUACUCCUUCCCAUCUGCUCUGUGUGGCAUGACUCAGGUAGCAAGUGCAGUUGCAGUCUGUGGCCUAGGAGAAAGAGAAGAAGUAACACGCCCUGUGGCUCCAGUAGGCCUCUUGCCUGCAGCUGAGGAUUCUGGAGCAAUCCCUGCAUUUUGCACCUUAGCUUCAGGGAAUAGUGUAGACCUAGCAAAGGAAGCCAUUGCAGAGGCACUGCUCAAGGAAGCUGCUCUGGUUUUAACAAGGCCUGCUAUCUACAGCAGCAUGGGAGAGCUCAUGGAAUCCGUGAACAGACAAAUCAGAGAAACAGCUUCAAAGUCUCAGACCCUAUGCUCAAAAAAUGUCCUCAGAAAUGAACUGGCACAGACUCUGUCCAGUGUUAUCCUAAAGCAUUCCAUUGAUGAAGUUCACCAGAAAAGCACAAUGAGCUCCCCCAGCGAGGGCAGGCGUGCCUCUGAAACUCUGGACACCUUACUGGAAAGCACGAAUCAGCUGCUUCUAGACGUGAUGUGCUGCACAUUCAAGAGGAUGAGCCACAUCAUACAGCUGGGUGAAUGCCCCACUCUCCUUUCGAAGGAGAUCAUGGGAUGGAGGGAGAGAGAAUCACACUGCUUGCUACUCGAUCAGGCUGCUGGCCAAGCAUGCACAGAAGCCACAGACUACUCCAGCAGCCACUCACCCAGCAAUCUGCACACCACUAGUCUUGUCAUCCAUGACCUCGGGGAUAGCAUGCAUCCAAACCAAGACAAGAGUGGAGCAGUUCUAUUCAAGAACCCUGCACUGCAAUCUGAAUUGUCACUGAGUCACAGAGUGCUGGAGUCUUCGACUGCUAAGACUUUCCCCAAGGAAACACAUUUGAAAGGAAUGGCCAGAGAGGAUGCAAAAGCCCCUCAUCAGUCACCCUGUCCCACCAACAGUGAACACAGGGCCUCUGCGGCAGCAGAAAGGGCACUGACAGGCGGCAGGUACAGAAGUGUUUCCCAGGAUGCGGAGGACAGUAUCAGUCUGAACACCCAAGAGAAGCACAAUGAUGCCACACCUCUAAACCAUGAAGUUCAAGUUAACUUGUCCUUGUUAGGGGAUGACAUGCUGCUUCCUGCUCAGCCCAUGCCACAGGCAAAACACACAGACAUCUACUGCAUUACAGAUUUUGCAGAAGAAUUAGCAGAGACCGUUGUCUCCAUGGCAACUGAAAUCGCUGCAAUUUGCCUUGACAACUCCAAUGGAAAACAACCCUGGUUUUGUGCAUGGAAAAGAGGGACUGAAUUUCUGGUGACACCGAAUGUACCUUGCCGAUCAUUGAAGAGAAAGAAGGAGAGCCAGGGAAGUGGUGCCACCGUGAGGAAGCACAAGCCGCCCCGGCUCAGUGAGAUCAAGAGGAAGACGGAUGAGCACCCUGAACUUAAAGAGAAGCUGAUGAACAGGGUUGUGGAUGAGUCCGUGAACCUUGAGGACAUCCCAGAUUCUGUCAAUAUCUUUGCCAAUGAAGUGGCAGCCAAGAUCAUGAACCUAACAGAGUUCUCCAUGGUGGAUGGGGUCUGGCAAGCCCAGGGCUAUCCCCGGAAUCGAUUCCUGGGUGGCGACAGGUGGAACCGGCUGAAGGCCUCCAGCUGUGAAAGCAUUCCGGAGGAGGACUCUGAGGCCAGGGCCUAUGUCAACAGCCUGGGUUUAAUGAGCACCUUAAGCCAGCCAGUCAGCAGAGCCAGCUCGGUCUCCAAACAGUCGAGCUGUGAGAGCAUCACCGAUGAGUUUUCCAGGUUCAUGGUGAACCAGAUGGAAAACGAAGGGAGAGGAUUUGAGUUACUAUUGGAUUACUACGCUGGCAAGAACGCCAGCAGCAUUCUGACCUCAGCAAUGCAGCAGGCAUGUCGAAAAAGCGAUCACCUCAGCCUGAGGCCAAGCUGUCCCUCUAAGCAGUCGAGCACAGAGAGCAUAACCGAGGAGUUCUACAGGUACAUGCUGAGGGACAUCGAAAGAGAAGGCAAAGACGGCAGCUCCUCCAGACACGGCAGCCAGGACUGGACGUCUGGCUUACUGUCUCCUUCUCUGCGAUCCCCCUUGUGUUACAGACAGUCAUCCAUGCCGGACAGUAGAUCCCCCUGUGCCAGGUUAACAGUCAAUGUGCCAGUCAAGGCCAACUCCCUAGAUGGCUUUGCCCAAAACUGCGCACAAGACUUCCUAAGUGUCCAGCCAGUCGGCAGUGUCUCCUCAUCAGGUCUCUGCAAAUCUGACUCCUGCUUGUAUCUGAGAGGUGGGGCUGAUCACAUCACAAACAUGUUAAUUCAUGAAACAUGGGCGAGCUCAAUCGAGGCCCUCAUGCGAAAGAACAAAAUUAUCGUGGAUGAUGGUGAGACAGCGGAUGCUGAGCCUGCUUCCGGUGGCUCUCCCGUGCACGUGGAGAAGUGUGCAAGCAGAGUAGCUACAAGCGGAGGGCACAGUGGGCCAAUGCUGCUUGUGCAGGACUCUGUGAUGGAAAGCAGACCCCCCGCCGUGUCAUCUCCAAGCAAAACCGCUCCUCUUACAAAGCACAGCAGUUCCAAGUGUAAAAAGGAGACUCCCUCAUGCCUGGACAGAGCCUCUCUCAAGCACCACAGGCGGUCCCUGUGCUCGAGGGAAGUACCUUUGAUUCAGAUCGAAACCGAUCAGAGAGAGGAGUGUGUUGGAGAACCUCAACCCUUCCUUUACAAAAGCAGCCCCCUAGAAGAAGCAGAUGGGCCUUUGAAUGAGAAAAAGGUCCCAGAAGUGGCCAGGGCUGGAGACACAGCCAUGAGCCAGGGCCAGCAUCACAGCAACAGUCUUGACUCCAGAGAUGGACCAGAGGCUGAAAUUUCACCAGAAGCCAGAGCUCCUGAUGAGGCCCCCAACCCUCCCAGCAGCAGUGAGGAGAGCACUGGAAGCUGGUCCCAGCUGGCCAAUGAGGAAGACAACCCAGACGACACGAGUAGCUUCCUGCAGCUCAGUGAGCGGUCCAUGAGCAAUGGCAACAGUAGUGCCACUAGCAGUCUUGGCAUUAUGGACCUGGACAUUUAUCAGGAAAGCAUGCCAUCUUCUGCCAUGAUUAAUGAAUUAGUAGAAGAAAAGGAGAUUCCUAAACAACAGUCAGAAAACAUUAAGGAAUGUGACACUGGACCACCAGUGGGAACAUCCAGCCACCAGAGGAGCCUGCUGGUGAUCAACUUUGACCUGGAACCCGAGUGCCCUGAUGCCGAACUGCGAGCAACUCUACAGUGGAUAGCUGCCUCCGAACUUGGGAUUCCCACAAUCUACUUCAAGAAAUCUCAGGAAAACAGAAUAGAAAAGUUCCUAGAUGUCGUGCGGCUGGUUCAUCAGAAGUCCUGGAAAGUGGGGGAUAUCUUCCACGCAGUUGUCCAGUACUGCAAAAUGCACGAGGAGCAGAGGGAUGGAGCCCCAAGUCUCUUCGAUUGGCUGUUAGAACUGGGAUCAGGCAGCUUUUCCCGUUAG